CGGCGGGCAGCUGGAAGGCAUCGCGCCCCGGGGACUCCCGGGUCCGCGCGCGGCCGCACCCACCCAUCCAUCCCCCGGCGCGCCCCGCGGGCGGCGUGGGUCCAGGGCGCGGAGUGGACAGCGGUAGACGCGGCCGGAGGAGGAGAAGAUGUCGGGCCAGACGCUCACGGAUCGCAUCGCCGCCGCUCAGUACAGCGUGACAGGCUCUGCGGUGGCGAGAGCGGUCUGCAAAGCCACCACUCAUGAGGUGAUGGGCCCCAAGAAAAAGCACUUGGACUAUUUGAUCCAGGCUACCAAUGAGACCAAUGUCAAUGUUCCUCAGAUGGCUGACACGCUCUUUGAGCGGGCAACGAACAGCAGCUGGGUGGUUGUCUUCAAGGCAUUAGUGACAACGCACCACCUCAUGGUGCAUGGAAAUGAGAGAUUUAUUCAGUAUUUGGCAUCUAGAAAUACACUAUUCAAUCUCAGCAAUUUUUUGGACAAAAGUGGAUCCCAUGGUUAUGAUAUGUCUACCUUCAUAAGGCGCUAUAGUAGAUAUUUGAAUGAAAAAGCUUUCUCAUAUAGACAGAUGGCGUUUGAUUUUGCCAGAGUGAAAAAAGGUGCUGAUGGCGUGAUGCGGACGAUGGCUCCUGAGAAACUCCUGAAGAGCAUGCCCAUCCUACAGGGGCAGAUUGACGCCCUGCUCGAGUUUGACGUGCAUCCAAACGAACUUACAAAUGGUGUCAUAAAUGCUGCAUUUAUGCUUCUUUUCAAAGAUCUUAUCAAACUUUUUGCUUGCUACAAUGAUGGAGUGAUCAACUUACUGGAAAAAUUUUUUGAAAUGAAGAAAGGACAAUGUAAAGAUGCUCUAGAAAUUUACAAGCGAUUUCUAACUAGAAUGACACGAGUGUCUGAAUUUCUCAAGGUUGCAGAGCAAGUUGGUAUUGAUAAAGGUGACAUUCCUGACCUCACACAGGCUCCCAGCAGUCUCAUGGAGACCCUUGAACAACAUCUAAAUACAUUAGAAGGAAAGAAACCUGGAAACAAUGAAGGAUCUGGUGCUCCCUCUCCAUUAAGUAAGUCUUCUCCAGUCACAACUGUUACAUCGCCUAAUUCUACACCAGCUAAAACUAUCGACACAUCCCCACCAGUCGAUUUAUUUGCAACUGCAUCUGUGGCUGUCCCAGUAAGCACUCCUAAGCCAUCCAACGAUCUUUUGGACCUCCAGCCAGACUUCGGAGGGGCCGCGGCAGCCGCUGCACCAGCACCACCGGCAGCUGCAGGGGGAGCCACGGCCUGGGGAGACCUUUUGGGAGAGGAUUCCUUGGCUGGGCUUUCCUCUGUUCCCGCCACCGAAGCACAGAUUUCAGACCCGUUUGCGCCAGAGCCUUCCCCUCCCACCACAGCCGCCGACACCGCGACCGCCUCGGCCUCUGCCUCAACCACCACGACUGUGACGGCUGUCACUGCUGACAUGGAUCUCUUUGGAGAUGCCUUUGCAGCUUCUCCUGGGGAGGCCCCUGCAGCAGCCGAAGGGGCCGCCGCACCAGCUACCCCAACCCCCGUAGCCGCAGCACUUGAUGCAUGCUCAGGAAAUGACCCCUUUGCCCCAUCUGAAGGUAGUGCAGAGGCUGAGCUGGACCUCUUUGCAAUGAAGCCACCCGAGACCAGCGUUCCUGUAGUUACCCCUACAGCUAGCACAGCCCCUCCAGUUCCCGCAACCACUCCUUCUCCUGCUCCUGUCGCUGCAGCUGCUGCUGCUGCCACCACCGCCGCUGCCACCGCCACCACCGCUGCUGCCACCACUUCUGCAGCUGCCGCCACCACUGCUCCUCCUGCUCUAGAUAUCUUUGGUGAUUUAUUUGAGUCUGCUCCUGAAGUUGCUGCAGCACCUAAGCCAGAGGUGGCUCCUAGCAUAGACCUGUUUGGUACAGAUGCUUUCUCCUCUCCACCACGAGGGGCUUCUCCAGUGCCUGAGAGCUCUCUCACUGCUGACCUCUUAUCUGUGGAUGCGUUUGCAGCACCUUCUCCUGCAACCACUUCUUCUCCUGCAAAGGUGGAGUCCUCGGGUGUAAUAGACCUCUUUGGGGAUGCAUUUGGAAGUAGUGCUUCUGAAACUCAGCCAGCCCCUCAGGCAGCUUCUACUUCAUCAGCAUCGGCAGAUCUACUGGCUGGAUUUGGGGGGUCUUUCAUGGCCCCUUCUCCAACACCAGUGACUCCAGCUCAGAAUAACUUGCUUCAGCCCAAUUUUGAGGCAGCCUUUGGAACAACGCCUUCAACUUCAAGCAGCAGCUCCUUUGAUCCAUCAGUGUUUGAUGGUCUAGGUGAUCUUCUGAUGCCAACCAUGGCACCAACUGGGCAGCCUGCACCUGUCUCAAUGGUCCCACCCAGUCCAGCAAUGACAGCCAGCAAAGGCCUUGGGAGCGACCUUGACUCAUCUCUGGCCAGCUUAGUAGGGAAUCUUGGUAUUUCUGGUACUGCAUCAAAAAAGGGAGAUCUGCAGUGGAAUGCUGGAGAGAAAAAAUUGACUGGUGGAGCCAAUUGGCAGCCGAAAGUCACUCCAGCCACAUGGUCAGCAGGCGUUCCACCAAGUACAACUUUGCAAGGAACUGUACCUCCAACAAGCUCAGUUCCCCCUGGGGCCGGAGCCCCGUCUGUUGGACAGCCUGGAGCAGGAUUUGGAAUGCCUCCCGCGGGGACUGGCAUGCCCAUGAUGCCUCAGCAGCCGGUCAUGUUUGCACAGCCCAUGAUGAGGCCGCCCUUUGGAGCCGCUGCCGUGCCUGGCACACAGCUUUCUCCCAGCCCUACACCUGCCACUCAGAGUCCCAAGAAACCUCCAACCAAGGACCCGUUAGCGGACCUUAACAUCAAGGAUUUCUUGUAAACAAUUUCAGCUGCAUUUUUUGUGACUGACUAGGAAAAAAAUAACCUGAGUUUGGAAACUUCAAAUAAGGUUGAUGCUCAGAGUUUCAAAGUGAGCUACCAAUACCAAACCCAGUGCUUACUCGUCACUCCUCUUCCAGACACGCAGCCCAGCUGUGACAGUGAACAUUAGGAAUGUGUACCUCCCUUAGCUGUUAUCUCUACUCUCGAACUUGUAGCGUAUGUGGGUUCCUUGUGCGUUGUACCAUGUAGACAAUGGAUGGGUGCUCCCGAUGCCUUUAGUGCUUCUCUGGCACUGCCCGUGGGCAGAUGCGGCAGCUGUUGUGUGGUGAGCCACUUGGAAAGCUGUGUCCGUGUUUUCGAAGGUUUCAAUGUAAAUAUAUAUAACUUUUGGACGAACCUUAAACUCUCCCCAUAAAUUCUCUUUUCUUCUGUAUCUGUUACAAUCGUAAUGUGAUAAUAUCAGAUAGUAAGGAAAAAGCACUCUUAAAUAUACAAAACUUUUUCGGUGUGGAGUACAUUUUUCCAAUCACAGAAACUUCAACUGUUGUGAGAAAUGUUUAUUUUUGUGGCACUAUAUAUGUUAAGAAAUUUUAUUUUAAAAAAUAUGAAGUUUAAUGUCCAUAAUAAAAUUUCUCCUUAAAGCUACCUUGUCAAGAAUGAAAAAUCGUAUGAGAAGAAUUCCAUAUUUAUCACUGCUAUAUUAAAAUAUAUAUUUUAAUUAUAUUUGACAGGUUUUACACCUAAAUUGACCUAUUUAUUCAUUCUUGAUUAAAUGCACUGAAAAGAAUUUGUUUCUAUCACGUGCGUGAAUAUGCAGUUAGGGACAUGCUGUUUAAAUGACACUGAGAGUACCCAAGGGGUAAUCUAUAAUUGAAAGAUAACUGCAAAUAUUUUUACUUCACUGUGGGUGUACGUACAUCUGUUCAUUUAGUAUUUCAUUGUGUGUCCUAUAGACUAGUGUUUCUCCAUCCUUCAAUUGAGCUCAAAGUGAGUUUUGUUGUACCAUUGUGCUUAGGAUUAAACUAAUUCAGAGAACUGGUAUCCUUUACUGUACAUACUGUGUCCUUUAGUUUUGAAUUUGUUGUCAUCCUGUCUGUGCUGAUGGCUUGGCUUAAGGUUUUGGUGCGUAACUGAGGUCACUGUUGAUCGGUGUUGCUCGUGGCUUGGCAGCUCUUCGUAAAAGCAUAUUGGGUUGGAAAGGCAUUUGCCUAUUUUUCAAAUUAUUUAAUAGAUGUAUGGUACCAUUUAAAAGUGGUUGUAUCUGAAUUUACUGUGGGGAUAACAUACACUGUAAUGGGGGAAAAUUACCUAAGACCAAUCUCAAAAUGGCUUUUUCUUUGUAUUUCGGUUUAAAAAUCAAGUGCAUGUGUGCCCUCUGAGAUGCAAUAAACAUCUGGAACAAAGAAAAUGCAA